AGACUGUCGUUUGUUUACACUUGUUCCAAUGGCGACCAUCGCUGAACUCAAGUGUGCGGUGAGGGAAACGCUGGAGUCCCGUGGUGUCCUGGGUCAGUUGAAAGCUCGUAUCCGGGCAGAGGUGUUCAGCGCCCUGGAUGACCAGCGGGAGCCUCGUCCGCCGCUGUCCCACGAAAACCUGCUCAUCAACGAGCUCAUCCGGGAGUACCUGGAGUUCAACAAGUACAGAUACGCUGCAUCUGUACUGACAGCAGAGUCCGGCCAACCUGAAGUUCCCUUGGACAGACAGUUCCUGGCAAAUGAGCUGAAAGUUUCAGAGGAUCUGAGCUCCAAGUCUGUACCUCUCCUCUAUGGCCUGGUGAGCCACUUUGUGAACAGCAGUGACAACAGUGGAAAGGUGUUUCUGCAGGGUUCCUCUCUGCCUGCUACCAGCAACACAGCACCUGGACCAGAUGCCUAAAAGUUGGUCCACUUGCACACACUUUUCUGGGGGGAUUUAAGUGACAUUAUCUUCUUGUCCGUAGUUUUUCCACUGUGUUAUCCCCUGAGUGUAAUCUCACAGCAUGGACUAUCUGAAUUCUGCUGGUAAAAAUGCACAAAUCCUCUGUAUAAUUUUAUUCUGUGAGUUGCCAAUGAUCCCAGAAAGCCUUUUUUUUAAUUAUUUAGGUUUAGCACCAGUCAUGAUGGUGCUGCUUGCAUUAAUCCAUGUUGUUUGUUUUUUCAAUAAUUCAAGCAAAAAGUUGAGAUAAUAUUCCUUGAUUUCUUCUCUAUUUAAAUCUACAAAUGUCUUUUAUACUGUGUUUUAGUUGCUCAAAAAUAAAUGUUUUGUAUUUUUUAA